AUGGUGUAUAGCGGAAAGCCAAGCGCAGGGUGUCAAAACUGCCGGAAAAGGCAUAUCAAGUGUGAUGAAGCGCGACCCCACUGCAAGGCGUGUACUAAAACAGGCCGCUCAUGUCCGGGAUACAAACAUCCGUUCGAUGUGGUAUUACGCGACCAGACUUCAUUCUUCAUAGCGCCUUCCCCUACUGGUGUCAGGCUAUCUCCUUCACCGAACGGCAAGUGUGAUGCAAGCCAGCCAUGGCGCGACCCAAACUCUACAGCAUCGAAAAAGUCCACUGGAAGCAGCGUCUCCUUGGUGAAGGAGAGGCCUCCUGCUGACUAUUGGCCUCGGUAUCAGUCACCGAAUGAUCUCUAUCUACCUCUCAAAAGUAAUGUUCUCCCUUUGUUCUUUAAUUCCUAUCUGUACCUUCCAAAGGAUCCCCAUGUCCGAAAUGGGUUCAUGGAGUUUCUUCCAAAUGUAUAUGCCGAAGCGAAGACUGAUUCCCACCUCCAUUCUGCGACGAUGGCGGUGGCUUUCUUUGCCGUUGCCGCAUGGACUGGUCAGAGCUCCUUGCUGAAAUUAUCUGAAAAGUAUUUCACCAAGGCUCUACCAAAACUCCGAGACGCCUUGAUAUCAGAGGUGAUUAAUGAAGAGUACGACCUUAUACUCACAUCUAUACUCCUGUUAUCCACUUAUGAGGUACUGUCCCUAAUGCUACUUGCCGCGAUUUGCUUCAGGCUAAUGAGGGAAAUUAAGGAAUUCGCCGCUAUGAAGGAUUCGGUAUUCCCUGCGAAGGCGCAUUUGAAAGGAGCAGUGGCGCUGAUAAACAGCAAUAAAAGGGCUCCAGCGCAUCAGACAGCCUCAACGUUUCCCCUGUACCAAGCUGUUCAGACUCAUAUUAUAAAAACCACCCGCGGCCUGGCAAGUCCCAUGGUCCCUAAACCUGAAAUCUGGCCACUAGCUCAAGUCAAUCCAACCCCAUCGCCCCGAAAUUUCCUCUCUACUGCUGCCUCCGCACUAGUGGAACUACGCCAAGCAUGGGACGAAGUAAACGUUCGCCAACCUGACGAAUCUGACUUGAUAUCCCUCCUCAACAAAGCCACCCAGGUCGACAUCGGUCUAAAUUUCAUGGUCAUACUGGCUGCCAGCACAUUGGCUCCCUCAACGAGCAACAAUAAUCCCCCCCUCCGUCCGCGGAUGCUUGUCCAGAGCAUCAUGCUGAAUUGUUUUCGCCUGUUGCCAUCCAAAGACCCCGACGGAGUCAAAUCUGCACAAGCGCAGAGCACCCUUCGAUCACUUGCCGACGACGUCUGUGCCUCUGUGCCUUAUUUCCUCGGGAGCCAGGUCCGGUCGGUGCGGAUGGUGCCUGACCUUGUGGAUUAUCCGUAUUCUGAGGAUCGGCCUGUUACGUCGACGCAUAAGAUGUCGGCACCGCUUAUGGGGCCGUGGCAUAUUUUCCCGUACUUGAGGAAUUUGCAGACUUCCACUUUUGGCCUUCCACCGGAGCAGCUGAGCUGGAUCGAGACGCAGUUGGAGAGGAUUCUGGUCAUAUACUUCCAGCGCUGA